CACACUUGAAUGGGUUGGAUAUAGAUAUAGAUGUAACAAUGUUGUUGGAUGUGUGUUUUAAGACGGGUGGGUCGUAUUCAGUAUUGGUAAUGGCACCUAAUGGAUUAUUUGCCUUUGGCUGCGGGUAGCCGGGUACAUUAACCACUACUCUGCGCGCACGCCAUUCAAAAGUGUCGCGGCUGCAAAACGUGCAACAUCGUGCAAAAUUUAUUUAUUAUAUUUUCAUCAUUUUUAUUAUAACACAAUUUAAUUUUGCACGUGAUAAUAAUGUGAGCAAGAAUCAAAAUUCAAAGAAAAAUAAAUUAAAUUAUUUUUAAAUUGAAGAAAAAAAAUCAACACCAGGAUUAAUAAAAGGAUUAUUUUUGCAUCAAGUUAUUAUUUUUGAGUUUCUAUGCCGUCUGUUUCGUUUGCGGAUUUAGACAAAACAAAUAUGAGUUACCAUCACGAAAUGUCCUCUUCCUACGAUUAUGUGCGCCGCGCAUCCGACGAUCUCAACCGAUAUAAACUCUCAGUGGGUAGCACGGGCACUGCAUCCUCAAUGGACGCCCUUUGGGACUUACACCCGCGCCGGCUAAGCGAGGCCGGUCUCAGCAGAUAUUCAGAUAACAGCACGGUGUUAACCGAAGACACAAACAGUUUCAUCAUUGGUCAGCGUGUGUUUGUGGGCGGGACGAAACCCGGCCAGAUUGCGUACAUUGGCGAAACGCAGUUUGCUCCAGGCGAGUGGGCUGGUAUAGUUCUAGACCAGCCAAUCGGUAAAAACGAUGGCUCUGUGGGCGGCAUCAGAUACUUUCAAUGCGAGGCGAAACGAGGCGUGUUUAGUCGCCUCACACGCCUCACUAGAUACCCCCUAGGGCCGGACGUUGCCGGAGGCGGAGAUUCAUACUGUGCUAGCCCCUCCCCUACCAAUGGCAUGCGUAAAACACAGAUUUCCCCCACAAUGAGCACAAAAUCAGCUUUAAGUAUUUCAAACACUAGUUUGGCUUCUGCGCAUGUGGAUUUCAAAGUAGGUGAUAGGGUGAUUAUCAAAUCUGGCCAAGGAUCCAAAGUGGGCACGUUGAGAUAUAUGGGUUUCACUACUUUUGCCAAUGGAGAAUGGUGUGGUGUUGAAUUGGAUGAACCAAGGGGUAAAAAUGAUGGUUCAGUUGCUGGUGAAAGAUAUUUUCUUUGCCGGCCGAAUUUUGGUCUAUUUGCGCCCGUGACUAAAGUAAGUCGCUCGCCGUCCAAUCGCAGGCCGAGUAACUGCGUUGUGCACUCGACGAGCAUGCGCCGCUCCAACUCGAAGGAGUCGCUUAUGUCUAUGACAUCGUCGCUUGCGUCUGCCUCUGCGUCUGUCGCGGCUGCGCGAAGGGUAAGACUGGGCGUGACGUCGUUAACACCCAAGAAGACGCAAACGCCUCCUAAAGCCAACUCCACCCCGCUGCCGUCAAGGACCGCCCUGCAGGACGUGCUCAAAGAAAAGCAGCAGCACAUCGAGCAGCUGCUCAAGGAGCGUGAUCUGGAGCGCGCGGAAAUCACAAAGGCGGCAAGUUUGGCUGACGAGGCCGAGCAGCGAUACGUAUCGAUACAGAAAGAAUUUGAAAAUUAUCGACUUGACUGCGAUCGUAAACUAAAAGAAUACGUAUUCAAAUUGACUGAGUUCGAGAAUGAGAAGAAGGAAUUGUUGGGUCAGCUGGAUGAAGAGCGUGGCAAGAAUGAAGAUUGGCAAUUUAAGUUUGAAGAAGCUGCGAUUAUUAAAUCCGAUGCAGAGCACCGUAUCAAUGCACAAAACAGUACAAAUGAAGAACAUGUGGCCAAAAUCGCCGAGUUGAAUUUACAACUAUCACUACUUCGGUCUGAGCUUGAAGUUGAUGCUGGAAAAUUAUCCCAGGCGAAUGAAACUAUCAACACCUUGAAAGAAGCAAAUGAAGCUGCCAAAGUUGAGUUGGAGCAUGCGAUUGAGAAGCGCUCUAGUUUGGAAAGUGAAGAAACAAAAUCUAUAGAAUUGGUUCAAACUUUGCAAUCCCAAGUUGAAGAAGCGAAUACAACGUUGAAGCAACACCAAGAAUUGUCUGCUAAGCAGAUGGAUGAUUUGAAUAAACAGUUGGUUCGGUUAAAUUCCGAACAUGAAGUGGAGACAUUUAAACAAAAUCAAGAGAUUGAGGAACUGCGUGCCAAAUAUACCAACGAUAUUAACGCCAAAAAUGAUGAAUUGAAAUUAUUAGCUAUUAACUUUGAAGAAGUGAAAAAUUCACUUGAAAAUGUUCAGAAAGAGCAUGAAAAAUACAAAUAUGAAGCUGGAGUUGGUGAGCAAACGAUGAAGAAAGAAUUAGAUAAAAUCAAAAUGGAGAUGAGUGCUAAGGUUUUAGAAUUGGAGAAUCAGCAUGAGACUAGUAAAACGCAAACGGAUGAUAUGAAGAAACUAGAAGAAGCUUUGGCACAAACACAAGCUGCUUUAGAGAGUCAGAUUCGUGAAACAGAAAAUGUUAAUAUGGAAGAAGAAAAAUCCAUGAUUGAAGUGGAAAAGUUAAAGGAGAUGCUUGAACAAUCAAAUGGAACUAUAAAUCAAUUGAAAACAGAGAUGGAACAGAAAGUAGAAGAUUCCAGGAAAGAGUUAGAGACAUCAAAUGUGAAAAUAAACGAAAUGACAGAGCAAAUGAACGCGUUGAAGAGUGAAUUAACAUCAAAGAUUGAUCUAUUUAAAGAAUUGCAAUCAAAAUAUGAAAAUUCCGAAGAAGAAUUAGCUAAAACUUGCCAGAAAUUAGAGAAGGAAAAGACUGAGUUUGCGCAGGUUCAAGAGAGAUUGAAUCUUGAGUUGAAAAAUCUGGAACAGUUGAAGAAUAAAGACUCGCAGUUGGAGUUGCAGCUUGGAGAUUCACAAAGAUGUGUUGCACAACUCGAGGAGAAAAUGGCGGAGGCGCUUGUGAAUAAAAACAAGAUGGAAGCAGAGAUUCAACAAUUAUUGGGUGCUAGUGGCGAGGAAAGUUCUAAACUAGAAAUAUUAAACAAAGAGUUGCAGGCGAAACAAACAGAAUUAGAAAACAGCAAGAAUCAAUUCGAAGCAAAGAUUAAGGAGUUGGAGCAUUCUCUGCAGGAAGUGAAGAUUAAUUUUACAAAUAUGGAAGAAAAAUCGAAAAUUGAGAAAGGGGAUCUUGAGCAAAUGAAUGCAGCUUUGAAGCAAACAAUUGAAGAACUGAAUAAUGCCUCUGGUAAAUCUCAAGACAGUUUGAAUAAAACUUUAAGUGAGGUUAGAGAUGAGUUAAAAGCUAUUAAGCUAGAUGUCGCUGAUAAAGACGCAGCACUUGAGAAACUCAAACAAGAAUUAGGAAAUGAAGUUCAAAUCAAAUCUAAUUUAGAAUCUAAAUUUGAAGAAAGCACCAAACACACUCAAGAAUUGCAAGUUAAACUUGAAGAAGCUCUUAAAGAAAUUGCCGCUUUAAACGAAAAUGUGCAAAGUGCAAAUGAACAGCUUCAAUUGGCACAUAAAGAUGUACAACAACGCGCUACAGAUAACGAUGAUUUAGUUACCAAGAUGAAAGCCUCCUUCCAAGAACAAAUUGAUGUAUUAAAUGCAUCUGUUACCGAAAAAGAUGUAACUAUUCAAGAACUACUUGCAAAUAUUGAAGAAAUUGAAAAGCAGAACAGUCAAAAGGACGCGAAUGCAACCGAAAAAGAUCUAGAGAUUGAAACUAUGCUCAAGAAUCAUCUUGAAGUUAAGAAACACUCGGAAGAGUUACGUUUGGACGUUGAAAAUACCAAACAACAAUUAGAAAACGCCCAGGCAGAGAUUCUCAAGUUGAAUGAAAGAAUGCACGAAAUGACCGCCAAGAUAACUGAGAAGGAUCACGAACUACAGGAAGCGCACAAAGGAGAAACUGUUAUUCUUGAAAAGAACAACAAAAUCACCGCACUUGACACAAAACUGAUUGAAGUUAACAAAACGCUUGAAUCUAUAAGCGCACAGUUAGAAACGUCCAAAACCAAUGAAUUACAGCUACAAAAUCAAUUAGAGAUUAAGAUUCAGGAGUGUCAAAAACUACAGAAUGAUGUGGAAAUUAGUGCAACCAAAGAGGAUGAGAUUAAUAAAUUGAAAAAUGAGAUGCAAAUUAUGCAAAAGUCGAUGAGUGAAACCGAAGUAUUAAAUAAUGAAUUGCGAGAAAAGUUAGGCAAGAUGGUUGACGCUGAAACCAUUAAUAUAGGCGAGAUGAAACAGUUAACAGACAGGUUUAAUCUCUGUUUGAAGUUGUUUACAGUAUUAAAGGUUACUGAUGAACACAAACAGCAAUUAUUGGCGAGUCAGGAUAUAAAAGGCUCGGAAAUAUUAGUGGAUUUGGUUACAAAAUUGCCAGUACAAGUUAUCAACGAUAAUAAAGAUAAACUCCAGCAGUUGGAGCAAAUGAUCAACACAAGUAAUGAAAGUCUACAAGCUGCCAACGAUAAAAUCAAACAUCAUCAAAAUGAGAUGUUAUUGAUGCAGCAGGAGGUGUUAAAGGCUAGAUUGGAAGCAGAGAGAAAGGUUACCACCGUAAAGAUUUCCGAUGAAACGAUCAACAACAAUAACACGGGCAAAUCGAAUUCGAAUGAUUACAAGCAGCUGCUGGAGGAGAAACUGGAGGCGGAGACACAGGUUGAGUUUCUGCAUUCAAUCAUCGCGGAUAUGCAGAAGAAAAACGAAGAGCAAAAGGCACGCAUUGAAAUUCUUGAGAGUGGAUAUAGUCCUGCAGCUGCAGAUGAAUUAAAAUUGAUUGGUUUAAUUGAUAAAACUGUCACACCGCGUAUGUAUUGCGAUAUUUGUGAAGAAUUCGAUCUGCACGAAACCGAAGAUUGUCCGACGCAAGCAGAUGAUGAUAUGCCUGCACCUCCUCCACCUGAUGGCAAGAAAAAGGAGAUACCACCACCGAGGCCUUAUUGCGAAAUCUGUGAAGCAUUUGGUCAUGCGACGGAUGACUGCACAGAGGACGAGACAUAUUAACAGCAAUGCAGAUUAGUUCAAUUUAUAACGAAUUAUACAUUAUUUGUUAUUGUUAUUCUUAUAUUAUUAACUUAUUGCCCGAACGCUCCGGUUUUGCGGAGUUGUGAAAUACAUUUUUAUUAAAUCGUAAA